UCUGGCGCGCUAUCGACUGUGCCGCAAAAGCAUGCUCGAUCUACUUCACGUCGCCUGAAUAUGACGGCAUAAACCCUUGCCAUGGACAUGCUCGUACUGUCUGUGCCGGGAACUGGAUGCAGCCACUCCAACCAGAAUUAAAUAGAUGACCUCUGAUGAGAAAUGGAUGGUGAUGGUGAUGUGGACCCAGGCAGGGACGACUUGCCCCUCAGAGCCAACACCAACCACAUCCUGGUCAGACACUAUGUCUUGGACCUGGACAUAAACCUCCAAACUAAGGUUAUCACUGGUACUGUGGUGCUCUUCCUGGAGCCAGGCCCACUGGCUGGAGAUGGGAAUGGGGCUGGGGAAGGCGCCCCAACCCCACCCCAACCAUCCCAGACUGAUGACUCCUGGGAGGAUGAGAGCCACAGAGACUUUACCUUAGUUCUGGACUGCUGUGACCUCACUGUGUCAAAAGUAGAGGAGUUGGACGUGACCUCUGUGUCAGAUAUGCAGGGUCUCCUAAAGGAGGUCAAGGGUGAGGGGUCAGGAGUUGGCCCACAACCAGACAGCCAAUCAGCUGUGCUCAUUCAGAGGCUGAUCUCCCUACCGUCCACCCAAUGGAAAAAGCAACACCACCUGUACUUCCAGUGCAGUCAUGCCCCUGCUUUUGAGGGUGAGGGACCCCUCAUCUUCCACACUGACCGCUGGAGCCUGCAGGUGAGGAAGAGGGGGGUUCGGACCAUCCAGGAGUUCCCCCGAGCCCUGAGGGUCUGCUACAAGACCAAGCAGGAGGGAGGCUCUGUCAGGUGGACUAAAGAUCAGGACAACAGGUCAUGUGUUUACACCGCCGGCUCCCCCAUCAACAACCGUGCCCUCUUCCCCUGUCAGGAGCCUCCUGUCGCCAUGUCGACGUGGCAGGCCCAGGUACGAGCCCCUAGGGAGUGUGUGGUUCUAUUGAGUGGAGAGAACCAGGCCCAGCCCACGCACCAGCACCACACAGGUCUCUCUAGCUGGGACUACUAUGUAACUAUGCCUAUGCCUGCCUCCACUUUUACCUUGGCAGUGGGUUACUGGCGCCAGGCCACAGCACAACUUUCCACAGCACAGCUUACCCCUCCUGUGCAGGUUACAAGGACUGGGGCCUCCCAUACGCAUGCUGGCAGCUUGGACCUGAAUCCUUUCACCAACAUGGACCAUCCCAUCAUCACCAGCCCACAGUCUACAUUAGUCUACUCAGGCCUGAAGGAUGAGAAGCACUCUGAGAGCGACUGCUCAGGUCUGGGCGAUGACAACUUCACCUGUUGCCAUGCUGAUUACCCCUGUCCAUUCACCGACCCAUCCGCCUGGCGCCAAGAGGUGGUCCCUCACCGGAUGUUUGCCCCGCCCUCUCUGCUGCAAAAGGCCCAGGUCCAGGUCCUCCCCCUUCUGCCUGGCUGCCUGGCUGCAGCCCACGCUACCCUGGGGGUCCAUCCCUUCCCCCGCCUUGACGUACUCAUCGUCCCAGCAAGCUUCUCUAGUCUGGGCAUGGCCAGGUAAGACUGGAGGGAGGACUGGAGGAAAGGAUAUGUAUCGAGGAAUAGAUCAUUUCACCACUUAUGCACACCUGUUUUGUUACUUUCAAAUCUGCUGUUUUAUUUACAUUUGCAACUCGUUGACAUGACUACUUUGCAUUCGUGAACCUAGAACACUCGUAAAGCACCAGUGGCAGCCAUGUUUCCCUCGUGUGUCUAUAUCCUUAAUGGAAAUAUACAGAUUCCACGUUUGCAAUAAAGCUGAAUAGCAGACAGCCCCAUGAACCCCAACCCUUGGUCGACCCUCCAGUUGAAAGAGCCUGCUAGCCCCCAUUCACCUCCUCGGCAGUGCUAGCUCAGACAGCCAGUCAAUAGGGCUCUGUGUGUGUCCAUGUUGUGUUGUUGACCUGGUCUCCAGGUACACUGGUCUGUUUGUGUCGGGCUGUUUAGUCUGCAGAGUGGAGGUCUGAUGUUUAGAGGAAACCCACGGGUUGGCACACUGCUUUACCCC